AUGAGGUUGCAGCUGCAGAACAACUCUCAAAAUUUGAAAGAAUUGGCUCGUGUUGCGAUCCUCACGACUGUGGGUAUUGUGAUGUCGAUGUUCAGUGAAGCGAUGCACUUUUUCCAGUUUGUCAGUCCAAUCGACUUCUUCUUUGGUACAGAGUGGAAUCCUGGCUUUAGUACGUCAGAUGACAUUAUCACUCAAGUGCCACGUGCCUUACGUGAUGGUUCUUUAGGUUUAGGUGCGACCAAAUCUGAAACUAUUCGUCAAGUGGUUCUUCCAGCGGCCUUACCAGGACCAAAACCAACACAAAAAGUGGGCGAGUCUCCUGCGGUAUUUCAAGAACGUUAUGUCGACUGGCAAACCAAAAUGGCUGGUCAUAUCGAUCGUUCAUUGCCUGAUGAGCAACAACAGCUUAGUCCAGAGGUACGUCAACUUUCUGAUGACUUAGCUGCUAAAGGUAAAGUGCGUUUAGACAACCAAGACAUUUAUGAUCCAAAUCUAGAUGUUGUGUUGCUUCGUGCUCAAGUUGGAAUGGUAUUUCAAAAACCAAACCCGUUCCCUAAAUCAAUUUUUGAUAAUGUUGCUUAUGGACCUAAACUGCAUGGUUUAGCCAAAGAUAAGUAUGAUUUAGAAGAGAUUGUUGAAAACAGCUUGCGUAAAGCAGCAUACUUCCAUUUAGGUGACUUAAUCGAGGUUAACUCUACAGAGAAAGUCUUUACUCAACCAGAUCACCAAUUGACUGAAGCUUAUAUUACCGGCCGUUUCGGUUAA